GUCCUGACAACGCCGCUUGGCUCUCUCCUCUCUCCGCUCUCGCCAGUGUCUCCCGAACGCUUGGGUGGUGGAGUGAGGCUCGGGCCAGCGCUCCUCUGCUAUACGUGUGUGCAGUCUUGAGGCGUUUAGACCAUUGUGUCGUGCCUUCCUGCCUCCCCCAUCCACCCAGGGCGCUUGUUUACUUGUCCGUGCUGUGCGUGUGUGUUGAGUGUGAGCGGUGAGCGUGCCUGGGUGGGGCUGCGACUCCUGUGAUGUGAAGUGAGGGUGAGGGUGAAUCCCACCACCACACACGCAGACUGACGCCGCGGAAGAUGAAGUGUAGUGGUCCGAGGUGCCGCGUCUUUCAGCGUUCCUCACCGUCUCAUGAUGGACACCUUGCCGAAUCUGCCGCCACUCAGUCGUGGAGGUGGUGGUGAGUGCGGGGUGAGGGAGGGAAGAACCUAGAUGGCGAAGGUAGACAGUUGGCGUGUCCGGCUGCCUCCUCCUCUUCCUCCACCGCCCCGCCCUCGCAAUGGAAGCCCGCCAUGCCCCCCAGCAAGCCACCGCAGCGCCAAAACCUCUCGUCUUCGCCAAGAUGGAGGCCCUGGUGAGGGAGAUGCAGGACCCGGAAACAGGGGUGCCCAUCCGAAGCCAGAAGCUCUUCCUCACUUCCAUCCCAUCCGCCUUCAUGGGAUACGACCUCAUCGAGUGGCUGUUGGAGCGUCUGGAGAUAGAAGAUUCAGAUCGUGGUAGAGCAAGUCAGAGAGUCGGGAAGUGUAGGAGCGAAGUAGGUGUGGUGUUGCUACAGCUGCGUCCCUCACACGCCACCACCACGCUGCUGCCUGUCCUUGUCACAGCACGCCUCACCAAAGCAGCCGAGGCCAUCCACCUUGCCAACCUGCUGUGUCAGUACGGCUACUUCUUCCCCGUCGGAGAGUCCCGCUCCCUCAUUGUUAAGGAUGACUCCUCUCUCUACAGGUUCCAGACGCCCUACUACUGGCCCUCCCAGAAUCACAGCGCCGACACCACCGACUACGCCAUCUACCUUACCAAGCGGCUCUCCAGGAACAAACAGAAGCAUGGCCUGGAGGACUAUGAGUUGGACGCGUACAACAAACUCAAAAAGGCGCUCGCCCAUAAGUGGGAUUUCAUCACCAUGCAGGCGGAAGAACAGGUGAAAUUGGCCAAGGAUAGGAAGAAAGGGGAUAAGAUAGUGACUGACUCGCAGGAAAGGGCGUACUGGCGCGUGUAUCGACCCCCUCCAGGCUUUACCAACUGCCUGGAGACUGCACCCGUACCUGACAAGACAAACAUGGCCAACAGGGUCCGCAAGAAAACUCUUGAUGAUCUCAAGAAAGAAAAAAAGUUCUUGGAAUCAGCAGUGGAUCGUACUCGACAGAAGUUAUCACAAGUGGCAGAAUCUCUUCUCUCCUACACUGAGAUCUAUUAUGAGUAUGACCCUCUCUUGAACUAUCCUCAGCCUUCCAACCCUUGGCACUCUGAUGAGGACACUUACUGGGCACUCAACGAUGGCAUAGUGGAAGUGCCCACAGAAAAGCGGGUACGUCGUUGGGGACUAAGCAUGGAGGAGCUGAUCAGUGAUGUCAUGGGUCAGUCAGAGUUUGCAGCAUACUUGAGGAAGGAAUACUGUCAUGAGAAUAUUCGCUUUGUGGAGGCAGUACAGCAGCUGAGAUGGGGACCUACAUCAGAUAUGGAAGAAAAAGUUAAGAAUAUAUAUGAGGAGUUUCUCAAGCCUGGAGCACCAUGUGAGAUAAAUAUAGAUGGGAAAACAAUGGAACUGACCCAGCUUCUUAUGAAGGAACCAAACCGCUUCACCUAUGAUCUUGCCUCUGAGCAUGUGUAUGUGGUGUUGCUGAAGAAAGACUGUUAUCCACGCUUUCUUCGCUCUGAGCAGUACAAGACUCUACUGGCCAAUGCCCUCCAGCCAUCACAGAAGAAGAGGCCAAACUCCAUGCUGGUCCGCCUCAUGGCUCCCUCCAUGAUGCUGGCCUCAGGCACUGAUGGCCGCAGCGGUUUGCAGAUCAGGUUCUUCAGCUUUGGUGGUCCAGGGAAAAAGAAGAUUUCAACUCCAGCAGCACCUAACAAUGUCUCAUCACAAGCACUCCAACCACUCAAGCGCCAUGGCUCAGAUGAUCAGGCCGUAUCACAGGCAGGACUGGGCCCUCAUGGCAGCUCAGUCCUGUCAGCAGACAAUGCUGGUGGUGUACACUUAGGAGGCCCUACUCCCAAAGUGGAUUGUGACCCACCUUACAGGGGUGAUCUUCCCACUGCAAGAUAUGUAGGCCAAUGCAAUACUGUGGGGUUGAGCUAUUGUGCUGAGCGACAAAGUUUAGCACCAGCGGAGGUGAGCCACAGCAACACAGUGUGCCCAUGGGACAAUAACGCUGAGGCAACUGCAGCCAACAUUUGUCCUUGGGAAACAAGUGCUCCUCCUCCAACCUCCACAGCACGAAGUAAUCAGCCAACAAAAUCAGACCAAAGAUUAACAAACCCAAAGAUACGCCCUGAUCGCUCCAAAUCUGUUGAUGUUAGUUCCCUAGGCAAGAGACAAGGGUCAGUGUCUCAGGCACCUAGCCUGGAUCCAGUUCCAUCAGAAAGUUAUCCAGCAGCAUCUGUCUGUCCAUGGGAGAACCAAGAGCUGCCAAAUCGUACAACAGAGAAAUCUAAGUCCAUUGAUGUAGAUGUAUGUCCUUGGGAAACUAAUGAACCUGCAAAAAAGUCAUCAACUAGUUCAGCUCCUGGAGUCAUGGCUGGAGACCAACAGGUCACAUCCACUUCUGGCAUGUCUUUGCCUGGACAGCCAGAACAUUCAGAUAAAACAAAUAUGGCAAUUGUUCUUGCCGUAAAGGAAAAGGGAAGUAAAGAUGUUUCACGUCCACCAUGUGAGAGAAAAAUCUCUAUUCAAGUUUGUCCAUGGGAAGAAGUAGAAGAGGAAGAUUCUCAAACCUCAGAGACCCACAGUUCUAGCUAUAGUGAAAAAGCACAAGGAAAGCAACCAUGUGAUGAGAGUGAGGUCAGAACAGAGCAAGCCACAAAACCCAAAGAAAAAUAUAUGAGCUUAAGCUCAGGUAACAGUGAAAGCCACCCCAAGCCUGAAAGUCUGCCUAUGCAGACCCCUCUUGAAACCCGGCAAGGUGUUGGAAGUGAGGGAACCUCAUCACCCUCAUCUACUUGCUCCUCAUCUAGCUACAGUGAUUCCCGCAAAAUUAAAAUUGACUAUACAGUGAGGUCAGGUCAUUUGCCAGGUCAGUAUGGCCUACCUAUAACCCCAAUCCCAGCAGGUAGUGCUUCCCCAGUGAGCCAGCAGCCUCAGCAUGGGCAUGCUGCCGCCACUGCCACCACCACCCUCAGCAGCGGGAACAUCAGCACCACCAGCAGCAGCAGCAGCACUGCUGGUGGCCACCACGUGCGAGCUGAAUCCCCACGAGGCACAGAUAAGCUCCUCAACCCUGCUGAAGGUGGAAGCAAACCUCCAUCACCCAGAGUGGCAACCAAUGUAGUGGCACCAUGGGAAGAGAAUCCUCCUCAGAAGAUGACUGAUAUCUGUCCAUGGGAAGAUGAUUCACUAACUCCCACUUGGCUCUGAAAGGCUCGUCUGGUGUACCUUAUCUCGCUCGAGAGAAAGCUGUAAAGUUGAUACACCUUUUGUGAAGACAUAUGCAACUCUGGGAUACUUGUAGCAGCAGGAGCACAUCAUAGCUGCUGUAGUGAUGUAGAGGACUCCUGCCAAGUGUACUGGCCAGGCAUAGGGUUGGGCAGGGAUGGAAGCCUUCGUAAGUAACUUCCAAGGAACUGAGAGGCAACUGGGUAUCAAGUCUUUUAUUCAAAGUACGAGAUGGAUUGUGUCGAUAGGUCUGGAUCCAGCGAAGGAACAUGAGGGGACAUAAGUGAGGGAAGGGUGUGUCAGAACUGCGCGCCUGGCCCAUCACACGUUCUCCUGAGGCUGAGUGCCCACAGCUGAGCCCUUGCAAGGCACCGCCAGGGGGACGUGUAUCAGCAACAGGUGACAGAGGAAGUGUAAUGGGUGCAGGGGGUUUAGGGACUGCAGUCCAAUGUGAUGUUGGUACCGAGGAGGAAUAGCAUAAUGCUGCCAAGUUCCUCGUGAGGGGACUGCUAAGUGAGGCGCUUCCGACAAUAUUCCUCCCAGUGUUCACUUGGAAAUAAAAAAAUAUAGAAAUGGGCUCAUGAAAUGUAAGCCAUAUCUUACUGGUCAUUAUCAUGUUCAAAUGUGAAGAUGAGAGAGAGAGAGCGGAAGCGGCUUGCCAACAUGAGAGGAUGGGUCAGGCCCCCACGAAGGUGGUCAUCUGAACUGGCAAGCCUCAUGCCCUCCUCCUCGGUAAUGGUGAUGGGCACAAGACUGGAAAAGACUGGAUUGUUGACUGGUGAUUGUGUGAGUCUUCUGCUGCAAGUCUGGUCGAAUAAACGGAAGUUCAGGAAUUUGAAUUAAUGUCAGUUUAUUGAAGAUGGGAAGGCUGAUGGUCAGCAGCAUUUCAGUACCUUGGGAGCUGGCACAGACAGACAUUUUGGAUGGUUGGCCCAGACCUGCUUGGGCCAGCACAUUGGGCACAGGUCACACUGCACUCACCAAUGGCCUUGGUGCAAAUUAAUUUAUAAUUAAGACAAUUAACAAUGAAAUAAAGGUGCCAAGGAGUGUUACUAACUAAUGGUGAAUCGGGAAAAGAAAGUAUAGAAUUGAAUGAUACGUGCAGGCUCUGCCCAAGCUGUGUGACUUUCACAUGAGUGUUUUGAAAACAAAUCCUCAGUCAGUAAAUGAAUACAUUUUAGAAAAUAAACUAUGAUUAGUAUAGCAUUCUUCAGUAUUAGAUCAAAGUGGCACGAAAGUAAAGCUAGAAAAAUCAACAAUUUAAUGUAAUCUAGAUCACCUUUGUAGACAAGUAAAAAGUUCUGUGUAAGUACAUAUAUUUAUCUCAAGUUGUUUUAUCAUUCUGUUCAUUCCAGUUGUUUUUAAACUAGGGAUGUGAUUGAGAUUUAGAUGACCGAUUGCUUGGUGUGAGAGUGUAAAUAAUUGUUUCAUGUUGUCUCUGAAUGGUAUAAAUGUCUGCACGGCGCUUCUUCAUGUAUGGAUGGGGAACAGAAGCUGACAGGCAUACCUCUCUCUCUCUCUCUCUCUCUCUCUCUCUCUCUCUCUCUCUCUCUCUCUCUCUCUCUCUCUCUCUCUCUCUCUCUCUCUCUCUCUCUCUCUCUCUCUCUCUCUCUCUCUCUCUCUCUCUCUCUCUCUCUCUCUCUAACUUAUUUCUUGAUAUUUUACAAAAUAUAUAGUGGAAAAACCUAAAGAAUUUAAUAUAAACAGCCAGUUCUCGCUGUUUCAGUGAUAACUAUCAUGUUGGCUCACAUCACAUUAUCUAAUUCUUCUUUUGUAACAGACUUAAAUUUGUUUUAUAUUAUGUAUCUCCAUUUAGCUGCUCACCAGUAAUUAAUUUUUUUUAUCAUAUCACCAACUAAAACAUGCAACCAAAUCCAAGGGAUAUUUGUAGCACAUCAUUCAAGAAGCAUCAUAUGCACACAGAGCAUCAUUGACUUUCUCCAAUCCUUCAGGAGAGAAAGUACUCUCAUCUGUGCUAUUUCACAGUAAAAGACAUAGUUGACUCACAUAUUGUUAUAGAUACAUAUGUAUUUUGAUCCAUUUGUGUGUAGCACCAGAAGCAUCACAGUAUGCAUACAUUCAGAGAAGUUUGGCUGUUUCAGGCAGAUAACUCAUUUCCAUAUCAUUUGCAGCCUCUGUUUGCCCAGCCAAAAUAUGAAUGAAAGGUAUGAUAACAUUUAUUUUUACUCUCAUAUAAUGAAGUACUUGAUAUUAAUUAUUCCAUCAGCAAGACUGCAGAUUUCUUUUCUAAUUAUUUCAGCUGCCUAGAUUAGCAUGGAGGUUCUGUUGCCUGUCAUGGCCAGGAUUCACAUUUGCUUUCUUAGCUGUGGUUCUUUCUUUACUCCCCAAAAUAAUUUCUUGAAACAAGCUUCAUUAAUGUAUUUGAUCAGAUUUGUUACUCCAUUCAGCUACAAAGGUUAGCAUAAAAGUUAAUCUGGAUACAAAUUUUAUAAUUAACAUAGUUAUAUCAAUUGUUCAUGUAUGAGUUUUAUAUACAUAUAUUUACCUUCAUCUUGUCCUAUGCCACACAUAUGUAUAAAAUAUGAUAUAAAAUAUAUAUAUUUAUUGACCAAAAUACUUUGUAGUUUAGUAUAUUUUAUGUUGUAUGCAAGAUGUCAGGACAGCAGCCCAUGUAUGAUAGGUUAUGCAAUGAUUGCUCUCUUUGCUUUCCCAUGUGCAACAAGUUUCACCUAUAAAGAAGAGAAGUCA